GAAGUUCCCAAAGAAGGGGAUGAGCCAGACCUUCAGCAAGGCGGCCCGGCUCAAGUGGCAGUCGCUGGAGCGGCGCAUCUUUGACGUUGUCAUGCAGAAGAUGACCAUCGUCAACCUGGAGGCGGACAUGGAGCGGCUGAGCAAGAAACGCGAGGAGCUGGCGCUGCUGCAGGAGGCACUGCAGGGGAAGAGGGGAAAGCUUCAGGCGGAGAGCCCGGAGGAGCAGAAGGGCCUGCAGGAGCUGAACGAGGAGAUCGAGGUGCUGACAGCCAACAUGGACUACAUCAACGACAGUAUUGCCGACUGCCAGGCCACCAUCAUGCAGCUGGAGGAGACCAAGGAGGAGCUGGACUCCACCGACACCUCCGUGGUGAUCAGCUCCUGCUCCUUGGCCGAGGCGCGCCUCCUGCUGGACAACUUCCUCAAGGUAUCCAUCGAUAAGGGGCUGCAGGUGGCUCAGAAAGAAGCCCAGAUUCGCCUGCUGGAAGGGCGCCUGAGACAAACGGAUGUGACCAGCUCCUCCCAGAACCAUGUGAUCCUGGAUGCCCUGCGGGAGAAAGCGGAGUCCCACCCCGAGCUGCAGGCGCUCAUCUACAAUGUGCAGCAAGAGAACGGCUACGCCAGCACGGACGAGGAGAUCUCGGAGUUCAGCUGGCCUCGGAGGGGAGCUUCUCCCAGUCUUUCACCAUGAAGGGCUCGGCCAGCCAGGACGACUUCAAGUUCAAGGUCAGUUCACAGCCACAGACAGGGCCAUUUAACGUCCAGAUGUGG